CGGGCAUAAAAUGUGGGUUGGGGGCUGUCAAAGGGACAGGGAAGUGAGUGGAACAGCAGCCAUCUCCAUUACUCGUUGGUUCCCAACAAAAAAGAAGAGGUCGUAAAUAAAAGAAAGCAGGAGAAGAAAGAGAAGUUUGGGGAGAGAGAGAGAGAGACAGGGGACAUAUAUGGCCACCUAAAGGAGAUCAUCAAGGUUGCCUCCCAGUUUGGGAAAGCUGCUGCCUUUGGGCAUUAAUCCUCUCCUCUGCUGCUUUUUGGCUCAGUCCCCUGUCCUAGGUAUUGGAUUUGAGGAGAAGGGAGGCGGAGAAGAAGAUAACUUGGGGUGGGGAGGAGAAAGAAAGAGGGUUCUUUUUGGAGGGAGUUAAGGAGAUAAAGGUGGGAUUUUUACGCAGUACCAAAACUCCAGCCUCUCGAUGGCAGGGGAUGGUGGGGAGAAAGCAGGACUAGGAGGCGAGGAAGCCAGGAUGUGGGAUCUCAACGACGCCGCCCCGGAAAAAGAGGACGGUCGCUCCGCCUCCGCAUCCGCCGCCGCGGACGGCGGAGAGGAGGCGGCGCCAGGAACUGCCUCCGCCACCACCGUGGCAGACAACGAGAACGACGACUCCAGCUCUUCCGCCAUCGCCAUCGAGGCCUCCGACGAGGGGGAGGCCGACGGCGGUGGCGAUGGGAAGCUCUUCGGGUUCUCCAUCUCCGGCCAGCCCUCCGCCGUCGUCACCCACCAGUUCUUCCCCCUCGGCGCCCCGGAGGAUACGGGUGGCCGGGCCGGCGGGGCCGCGAUGGAGCCGCCGCCCCGGGCUCACUGGGUUGGAGUCCGGUUCUGCCAGUCGCCGGAGCCGGCGGCGGUGGGGAAGGCCAUGGAGGCGCCGCAGCCCGUGAAGAAGAAUCGGCGAGGGCCCCGGUCGAGAAGCUCCCAGUACCGGGGGGUCACUUUCUACCGGAGGACCGGGCGAUGGGAAUCUCAUAUAUGGGACUGUGGAAAGCAAGUUUAUUUAGGUGGGUUCGACACUGCACAUGCUGCUGCUAGGGCAUAUGAUCGGGCAGCGAUCAAGUUUCGCGGGGAGGAUGCAGAUAUAAACUUCAGUCUGGAUGAUUACGAGGAGGAUCUGAAACAGAUGAGCAAUCUCACCAAGGAGGAAUUUGUCCAUGUACUUCGACGCCAGAGCACUGGAUUUCCUAGAGGAAGCUCUAAAUUUAGGGGUGUGACCUUGCACAAGUGUGGGAGAUGGGAGGCUAGAAUGGGCCACUUUUUGGGGAAAAAAUACGUGUACCUGGGCCUCUUCAACACUGAAGUGGAAGCUGCCAGGGCUUAUGAUAAGGCUGCAAUCAAGUGUCAUGGGAAGGAUGCAGUUACCAACUUUGAUCCUAGCAUCUACAAGAGUGAGCUUGAUGUCCCCGCUAGCCACACUGAGCACAAUCUUGACCUAUGUUUGGGGAGCUCAGGCUUCAAAAGGAAUCUUGAACCAGUGGAUGAUGAAGGCUCCAAUGGAAUGGAUCAGCGAAUUCCAAUGGCCUUUGACCCAGAAUGGAACCAUAGCAGUAGGCUGAAGUUUGAUGACAAAUUUAAGCUGCCUGAAGACAAAGAAAGCAGAAUCAAUUAUGCCUAUAGCAAUGCCUACAUCCAAUCUCCAGUUCCUUUCAAGGCCAAUGAGAUUUUCAAGCACCCACAGCUUCAGAGGAACAGUGGCAUGUACCCUAUGUUCCUACCGCAGCAGUUUGAUUCGUAUGGUUUUCGUCAACAUCCAGGCAGCAGCGAUGGAUCACGGGUUGGAGGAGGAAGCCUUUCAUUAGCAAUUGGCAGUGAGCAGCAACAGAAGAAUUCAGAUUGGGGAGAGCAUCGAAACAAUUGGCUGUCAGCUACCACCCUGCCUUCCCAAAAGUUCGUUAUGACCACUGAUGCAGCAUCAUCGGGAUUCCCACCGCAGAUAACAAAACUGCCCCCUCAUUUGGCAGCGGAAGAAUGGUUCCCAGUCUCUCAUUAGACCUAGCCGAAACACUGUCAACAUGCAGUGAUGGUAUCUGUUACUCCCUUGCUGACCGGCCAAGAACUCGAUCAUUUUUUCUCGUUUCAGCUUUCAUAUAUUGGCAGACGGCUUUCUGGAGGGUGGCUUUCCAUUUUUUCUGACCUUCCGUUGACAUUAUGACUCCUGAUUAAUUUGUUUGGUCUUAUGAUUUUCCAUCUCUCCCUUGGAAUUUAUGUACUGCUAGGGUAAGGUCAAAAAGAAUUGGGCAAUGAAAAUUGGGGGGGGGGGGGGAAGAAAUAUUGGUACUGUUACCACUUUAAGGCUGGAGCUGAAGUAAUAGCAAACUAUGUUUAGUUAGUGCAACAAAGAAGGUUGUCACUGAAAUAGUGGAAAACUUCUAACUGUGAUGAAAAAGAACAGUGUCUAUUUUAAAGGGAGAAUACAAUCAGAGAUAAUGCGACUGCAUGAUAGGUUCUUUUGAACCAGAGAAGGGCUAUUAUGGUGAGAGGGACUUCACAACCCUAUACCAGGCCAAGGUGGGAGAUGGGAGCUUCGGCCUUUCUCAUUCUUUUUAUCCUUUUUUUUCCACUAUAAUUUGGGUUGCCUGUCAGUGUCAUCUAACUCGUUUGAGGUUAGGAAAAUUUCAAACAGCAGCCAGUAUGAUGGUUCCAAACGUCUCCUUUGUGCUGCAGGCAGGCAUAAUGGACUGAUGGCACCAUUAAUCUGUGUUAUGACUGUCAUGUAAGUGUUGUAUCAUGGGUUACUUAAUGCAGUCAUUGCUUAAAGAAAUCCGAUAUUACUUCUA